GAGUAUUAGGUCCUUUUGCCUCUCUCGCCCUCUCUGCUCCAAAGCUGUCUGCUUCUCUCUUUUUCCUCUGUCUAAUUGCUGCGCUCCGCGUACGUCUUUUCCCUGAGAUUCCGAGCAAACCGCGUUCGACGACGACUUCCCUCUUUUGUUCUUUUUUUUUUUUUUUUUUAACAAAAAAAAAACAAACAAAACAAAACUCACUCAUCACCCUCCUCACCUCUUCAUUUUCACAAAUCUUAUAAACACCACCACCACCACCACCUACUCAUCUUUAAAUUAUAUACAAAUCUUUCUGUUUUCUUUAUCAAUGAGGGCUUAUCCGAGGCACGAGCGCCGAUGGGCUUCGGACUCCGUCCCAGAGAGGUCCAUGGUCAGCGCCGGAUCAUCAUCUCCGGCAAUGACCGACGACUCCAACUCCAGGGAUCAGGAGUUCGUCGAGGUAACUCUCGACUUACAAGAUGACAACACGAUUGUCCUCCGCAGCGUCGAGCCCACCACCGUCAUUCACAUCGAUGAGCUCACAGGCACCGGAAAUGAAACUCCGACGUCGGUUUCAGCUUCUUGGUCGCCAUCCCCGAUACGGAGAAGCUCGUCCAACAGUCGGAUACGGCAAUUCUCUCAGGAGCUCAAAGCGGAUGCCUUGGCCAAAGCAAAGCAAUUUUCACAAGAGCUCAAGGCCGAGCUGAGGAGGUUUUCGUGGAGCCAAAGCCACAGCUCGAGAGUUCUCUCCGCUUCAACUUCUCAGAAUGCAUCAGCCGGUGGCAGCGGAGGCGGUGCGUUUGACUUGGCGCUGGCCGCUCGCGCUCUGAGGCGGCAGCGAGCACAGCUCGAUCGCACUCGCUCCGGCGCUGAGAAAGCGCUUCGGGGAUUAAGGUUCAUUGGUAACUAUAAUAGUACGAAGACCAAUGGCGUCGAUGCUUGGAACGAAGUGGAGACCAAUUUCAACAAGCUCACCAAAGACGGCCAUCUCUUCCGCGCAGAUUUCCCUCAAUGCAUCGGAAUGAGAGAUUCGAAGGAGUUUGCGUUGGAGUUGUUCGAUGCGUUGGGUCGAAGACGCAGACUGAAGGUUGAGAAAAUCAGCAAGGACGAGCUCUAUGAGUUUUGGUCCCAAAUUUCAGAUCAAAGUUUCGAUUCGAGGCUCCAGAUCUUCUUCGACAUGGUGGACAAGAAUGACGACGGUCGAAUUACAGAAGAAGAAGUAAAAGAGAUCAUCAUGUUGAGUGCUUCUGCAAACAAGCUAUCAAGAUUGAAGGAACAAGCAGACGAAUAUGCAGCUUUGAUCAUGGAAGAGUUGGAUCCUGAAAGACUUGGCUACAUUGAGUUAUGGCAAUUGGAGACGCUUCUACUACAAAAAGAUACGUACUUAAACUACAGCCAAGCACUAAGCUACACGAGCCAAGCCCUAAGCCAGAGCCUCCAAGGGCUGAGAAGGAGAAGUCCAAUACGCAAAAUGAGCACCAACUUAAUCUAUUAUUUGCAGGAAAAUUGGAGGAGAGUCUGGAUUUUGACAUUGUGGUUUUGCAUUAUGAUUGCGCUCUUCACAUGGAAAUUCAUACAGUACAAGCAAAAAAGUGCUUUUGAGAUAAUGGGUUAUUGCCUUCUCACGGCCAAAGGUGCUGGCGAGACCUUGAAAUUCAACAUGGCUCUUGUGCUGUUGCCUGUUUGUAGAAACACCAUCACUCGGCUCAGGUCCACCAGGCUUGGCUUCUUUGUGCCUUUUGACGACAACAUCAACUUCCACAAGACAAUUGCUGCGGCCAUUGUAGUUGGUGUCAUUCUCCAUGCUGGGAACCAUCUCGCUUGUGAUUUUCCGAGGCUUAUAAAGGUUUCCGAAUCAGUCUACAAGAAGUAUUUGCUUCACGACUUUGGAAAGCAUAAACCCAGCUAUCUAGAUUUGAUUAAAGGGCCAGAGGGGCUGACUGGAAUUAUUAUGUUGAUAUGCAUGAUUAUUGCUUUCACACUCGCUACACGGUGGUUCAGGCGUAACCUCGUUAAGCUUCCCAAGCCCUUCAAUAGGCUCACUGGCUUCAAUGCCUUCUGGUAUUCACAUCACUUGUUUGUUAUUGUCUACGUCUUGCUCAUUAUCCAUGGCGUUUUCCUCUAUCUCGUGCACACGUGGUACCUAAAGACGACUUGGAUGUAUCUUUCUGUUCCUGUUUUACUAUAUGCUGGAGAAAGAAUCUUGAGAAUCUUCCGGUCUGGCUUCUAUACCGUCCGUCUUCUGAAGGUUGCUAUUUAUCCUGGAAACGUUCUCACAUUGCAAAUGUCGAAGCCACAACAGUUUAAGUACAAGAGUGGACAGUACAUGUUUGUACAGUGCCCAGCAGUUUCUCCGUUUGAGUGGCAUCCAUUUUCGAUUACAUCUGCUCCCGGUGAUGACUACCUUAGUGUUCACAUUCGUCAGCUUGGUGACUGGACGCAAGAGCUUAAGAGGGUUUUCUCAGAAGCUUGUGAGCCUUCCUUAGCUGGGAAGAGUGGUCUUCUAAGGGCUGAUGAGACAACCAAGACAAGUUUGCCCAAGCUUUUAAUAGAUGGGCCUUAUGGUGCCUCAGCCCAAGACUACCGGAAUUAUGAUGUCCUGCUGCUUGUUGGACUUGGAAUCGGUGCAACGCCAUUCAUCAGUAUUUUAAAAGAUCUGCUCAACAAUAUUGUCAAGAUGGAAGAGCAGGCAGAUUCUGUUUCAGAUUUCAUUAGAACAUCAGAACUAAGUUCUGGGAGUAUAGAUUCUCCCAAUCCCAACAAGGUUUAUCCAAAACGAAAAAAGCCACUGAAGACCACUAAUGCCUACUUUUAUUGGGUAACAAGGGAGCAAGGCUCAUUUGAUUGGUUCAAAGGAGUGAUGAAUGAAGUUGCAGAGCUUGAUCAAAGGGGUGUCAUUGAGAUGCACAACUACUUGACUAGUGUGUACGAGGAAGGUGAUGCUCGAUCAACACUCAUCACCAUGGUUCAAGCUCUCAACCAUGCUAAGAAUGGGGUGGACAUUGUGUCUGGCACAAGGGUGCGGACCCAUUUUGCAAGGCCUAAUUGGAAGAAAGUUUUCUCAAAAACUUCCUCCAAACACUCUAAUGCAAGGAUAGGGGUAUUCUAUUGUGGAGCACCAGUUUUGGCAAAAGAACUCAGCCAGCUUUGCUAUGACUUCAAUCAAAAAGGUUCAACCAAGUUCGAAUUCCACAAGGAACACUUUUAGAACACUCUGGGGAAAUACUUAUAUAUAACUACCAUGCCUUUUAGCUUCUCCAUUCAAAUCCAUAUCCCUUCCUAAUACCUUCCUUCCUUACUGAGUAAGAAAUUUUGCAAUAAUCUUAAAUCAAUAUAAAUAAGAAAAUGAAUUUUGUACAGUCUUGGCUAGAAAAAAGAAAUAAAAAGAAAUUUGAAGUGCAUACAUAUAUACUUAUACAAAUAUUCUCUACCUAGUAUUUAGCCAUAUAAAAUAAUGUAAAGAACCACAACCAGAAAAAAAAAUAUUCUCGUUAGUGAGAGGACUACGAAAAUUUUGAUUGCUGCUUUCAUCCUGCUUUUGUACACAUGGAAAGAUAUGAUAGGUGGUAAGAUGUACAAGGUGAUCUCAAAUGCCAUUGUUGGGGACCUAGUAAAGCUAAAGUGCGAUACAGCUUCAAUGGAGAAGUUUACCAAAUUGGUAAUGAUUUGACUUGGAUGGGGGGUUAAUGGAAGAAAACAGAUUGGAAAAAGGAAAAGUUAACAGAAGAAGGUUCUUUCCGUGGACUAUGGAGGUGGAGGAGUGAGAUGGCUUUCUCUGUUGGAGUGAUUGAUCUCCUCCAUUUGUGAAGUGGGCACAGAUAAUAUCCUUUUAGAAUAUGUGGAUGAUGCAGUUGCCAUGCAGGCUGAAAGACCACUUGCAGAUGCAUUGUAGUUACUUUUCAGGUUACUUUGCAGUAAUAAAAUUUUGCCUGUAAAUGGGGAUCAUACUUUUUUUUUCAUUGUGGUCAAUCCAUAUGAAAGAAACAUAAUAUGGAAUCUCUUUUCUCUAUGAAAUUAUGUUACCAACAUAAGUGUAUUUUCUAAGAAAUUCAUGAGUAAAAGUUUUAAUUCAGAAA